GCCAGCAUGAAGCAGAAGAGGAAAGGAGACGUCAGCCAUGCCGAGCUGAUGAUGAUGACGAUAGCUGACAUCAUAAAGCAAUUAAUUGAGGCUCAUGAGCAGGGAAAAGAUGUGAAUCUGAACAAGCUGAAAACCAAGACGGCAGCAAAGUAUGGACUUUCAGCACAGCCACGUUUGGUUGACAUCAUUGCUGCUGUUCCACCACAGUACCGCAAGGUGCUGGUACCAAAGCUGAAGGCCAAGCCUAUAAGGACUGCUAGCGGGAUUGCUGUCGUGGCUGUCAUGUGUAAACCACACAGGUGUCCGCACAUUAACUUUACAGGCAACAUAUGUGUAUACUGCCCAGGUGGACCCGAUUCUGAUUUUGAAUAUUCAACGCAGUCUUACACUGGAUAUGAGCCAACAUCCAUGAGGGCCAUUCGGGCUAGAUAUGACCCCUAUCUCCAGACAAGACACAGAGUGGAACAGCUGAAGCAGUUGGGCCACAGCGUGGAUAAAGUAGAGUUCAUUGUGAUGGGUGGAACAUUCAUGGCCCUGCCUGAAGACUACAGAGAUUACUUCAUCAGAAACCUUCACGAUGCCUUAUCAGGUCACACUUCCAAUAAUGUAGCAGAGGCUGUCAGGUAUUCGGAACGAAGCCUGACAAAAUGCGUUGGGAUAACGAUAGAGACCAGACCAGAUUACUGCCUGAAGCGGCAUUUAAGUGACAUGUUAUCCUACGGCUGUACAAGGCUGGAGAUCGGAGUGCAGAGCGUGUACGAGGACGUGGCCAGGGACACCAACAGAGGUCACACCGUGAAGGCUGUGUGUGAGUCUUUUCACUUAGCCAAGGAUGCCGGGUUUAAAGUGGUGGCGCACAUGAUGCCUGAUCUACCAAACAUGGGACUUGAAAGGGACAUGGACCAGUUUGUUGAGUUUUUUGAGAAUCCUGCUUUUCGCCCAGACGGCAUGAAGCUCUAUCCGACGCUAGUGAUCCGUGGCACGGGUCUGUACGAGCUCUGGAAGACUGGAAGAUACAAGAGCUACCCCCCCAGCACUCUGGUGGAUCUGGUGGCCAGAAUCCUGGCCCUUGUCCCACCGUGGACACGUGUGUAUCGUGUUCAGAGAGAUAUCCCAAUGCCACUAGUCAGCUCUGGAGUGGAGCACGGGAACCUGAGAGAGCUUGCCUUGGCCAGGAUGAAAGAUCUUGGGACACAGUGUCGUGAUGUAAGGACAAGAGAGGUUGGAAUUCAAGAAAUUCACCAUAAAGUGAGACCAUAUCAGAUUGAAUUAGUCAGAAGAGAUUAUGUGGCUAAUGGUGGCUGGGAGACCUUCCUGUCCUAUGAAGAUCCAGAGCAGGAUAUUCUCGUUGGCCUUCUACGACUGCGGAAGUGUUCGCAGGAGUCAUUCAGACCUGAGCUGAAAGGAGGCGUUUCCAUUGUCCGGGAACUGCACGUGUAUGGGAGUGUGGUCCCCGUGAGCAGUCGGGAUCCUUCAAAAUUUCAGCACCAGGGAUUUGGCAUGUUGCUAAUGGAAGAGGCAGAAAGAAUAGCCAAGGAGGAGCAUGGGUCAUGGAAAAUUGCUGUAAUUUCAGGUGUUGGCACAAGGAACUACUACAGGAAGAUCGGCUACGAGCUGGAAGGGCCUUACAUGGUGAAAAGGCUGGACUGAGGCCCCAGGAGGUCCUCACCCCAACCGGCUCCUGGGAGGAGGGGAGAGGAGACAGGACUCAUCCUGAAAAGAAAGCUGAAGGUGACAGAUGUAAGCUAAAAACCAAAGCCUGCCAACUGCGAAGGACUUGCUUAUGCCAGAGCCCACGGCCGCAAAUGAGGCGUCUCCUCUGGGGGAGCAGUUCUUAGAUCUGCCCGUUGCCCCAGGAGAGGUCGUGGACGUUUCACAUGUGUCGUUGCCCACAUAAGCCUGCGGAUCUCCAGGGCCGGCGCUGAUGCUUUGUAAUGGAGGACUGAAGCGUAGGUGAACUAAAAACAUCCAUUUAUUUUAUGAUGCUAUCAGCACGCUUUUAAUGUUUCAGCCUUUAAACUGUGUGGGUUAUUCUGCAACAUGAAUGAAUUCCUUCUCUGUGCGUAUUUAUUUAUGCUGACCUUGGCUGCUUUCUGUCCAUCCCAAGCGAUGCCGUUUGGUCCUUUUACAGUAGGAUGCCGUGAGGAUUGGAAGACAUUACCUUGCUAGCGGUAGGAAUUGAGAUUAAAAGAACUGAACCUCUACAGGGACACACAGCCAUGAAGUAACUGAGGUUAGAAGGGACCUCUGAGGUCUCUAGUCCAACCCCACGCAAAGCAGGUCCAAUCAGAUCAGGAUGGCAACGCUUGAAUAUCUCCAAGGGUGGAGAUAUUCAGUGGAUGUGGAUGGAGAGUCCACAGCGUCUAGGGCCCUGUUCCAAAUGUUGAAAGAGUUUUUCUUAACGUCUAAUAAGAGUUUACGGUGUUCCAGCUUAUGCCCGUUGCCUCUUGGCCUGUUGCUGGGCAGCUCUGGGAAAAGUCUGCUUCUGGUCUCCGAGCUUCUCUUUGCACAUCACGUACUCCAACGCUGUAACCAUCCUGCUGGCCUCUGCUCCGGUUUUGUUAGUCUGUAUUUCCAGCACCCGCUCUGCCACUUCUCU